AGGGUUUUGAACACACACAGGCUCACUCCGGCUGCUGCGACCAAAACACCAAAAUCUCAAUCGCAGCUGCACAGAGCCUUCAACAAUGACGACGAUUGUCCCCACCUCCGAGGAAAUUCCCGCUCUCGCCGUCGUCCGUUACGCCUCCGAGCUCGCCUGGGCCGACGCCGGCGCUGAGGUUGCAGAUGAGGAAGUUAGAAGACUUUAUGAGGAAGCCAAACAAUGUAUGGACAAUGCCAGGUGGUUUGAUUUGGUGUCACUUAUGCUAACUUCAGCUGAUGUGAUACUCUCAAAGGUCUCAGACAAAGAUCUUGAGUGUAUCUUCACUGUUAUCUGCAAUGUUGUUACAAAUUCUGAAAGUCUAGAGGAAGUACGUCAGAUUGCAGAACUUAUAUCUGGAAAGGUUACACAGCAACCAAGUGACAAACCUGCAUCGCGGUUAAAGAUUUUGUUCACUCUGUACAACCUACUAGAGGACCCAUAUAGUCGGUUCUCUGUUUACUUGAGCGCUCUGAAUUUGGCUAUCAAUGGGAAGGUCACCGAGCAUGUCCUCCCUUCAUUCAAACAGAUAGACAGUUUCUUGAAAGAGUGGAAUAUUGGGGUCUCAGACCAGAGGCAGCUAUUUCUUACCAUAUCUAAUGUUUUAAAAGAACAUAAAAGCUUGGCAAAGGAGUCAUUCAAAUUUCUAACCAAGUACUUGGCAACAUUUUCUGGAGAAGAUGCGCAAGUUUUGAGCCAAGCCAAGGAUGAGGCUGUUCGCACAAUUGUGGAAUUUGUGAAGACACCAGACAUGUUUCAGUGUGAUUUGCUAGAUCUGCCUGCUGUAGCACAGUUGGAGAAGGAUGCUAAACAUGCACCGGCAUAUCAGCUUCUGAAGGUAUUUUUGACUCAGAGGCUGGAUGCGUACUUGGAGUUCGCGGCAGCAAAUUCUGCUCUGCUGCAAAGCUAUGGUCUUGUCCAUGAAGAUUGUAUUACUAAGAUGAGGUUGAUUUCAUUGGUGGAUCUUGGCUCUGAUGAAUCUGGAAGAGUUCCUUAUAGUCUUAUCAGAGAUACACUUCAGAUUAGUGAAGAUGAAGUGGAACCUUGGGUGGUUAAGGCUAUAACUGCCAAGUUACUGGACUGUAAAAUGGACCAGAUGAAUGAAGUUGUAAUUGUGACCCGCUCUACUCAGCGAGUGUUUGGGAAGGAGCAAUGGCAUACUCUUAAGACAAAGCUAGCUUCUUGGAGGGGCAAUAUUGCACAUGUGAUCAGCACUGUUCAAGCUAACAGGCCAGUUGAAGAUGGUGUCCAGGCAGCUCGUUAGGAUGUUCUCUUUUAUCUCCUCUUUCCCAUUUCUUAGUUAGUCUGGACCAUAUGAUGUGACAAUCCAAAUGUCUUGGAAUUUUUGACGAAUAGUGUUUUGUUAUAUCUAUAAAUCUUUUAUUACUCUACACUAUUCUAAUCGUGAGCGACUGCUCGACUUAAAACACUUAAGUGUGAACAACAGUUAGAUGUCAGUUGCAGAGAUUUGGUAUGAGAAACUAAAACUAGAUCAGUCUCUGUUGACAAACUAUGAGAAAUCGAGUCUCUCUCUUCCCCAAUGUUCGCGGGAGAGACCAGUCAGACCACCAUACUUUUUUGCAGGAUUCAAUCCGAGAAAGGGUUUGAGACUUUGAGCCUCCACCUGAAAUUUCAUGUAAGUUUUUAAGUUUUGGUGUUACUGUUUGUAUCAUAGGUCGAAAGUUUUAGACUAUGAAGUAAGGUUCAUGUGAGUUUGUUAUAUAAUGGAAGAGUUAAAAGCUGAAGCAUUAGCUUAUCUUUGAAUGAAUUUUGCAUGAUGCAUAUGUUGUAUCCCUGAAUUAAGCAGUAUCAAUUUUAUUUUCAAAAUGGAUAAAAUAAAAUUAGUAAUCACUUGACCGGAAAUUGUUGUUUCUGAAACUCUAUCCAUUGGUGAUACUCGUCGGAAUUUCCCCAAGUAUGAUAAUUUGGAAUGCACUGUUAUUUGAUUUAGAUUCAUUGAAGUAUGAGACGUAGCGUGCUUGCCUUACAACAGAACAUUGUAUUCCAGAGGAUAUUGUAGAGAAUAGAGAAGAUUGAGUUUUAGUUUCAUAUAGAGUAGUGACUAGUGAGUACUGU